UUAAUAAGGGCACGAAAGUCUUCACAUGGGUGGUGUUGUUCAUUUAUAAUGAACCAUUGUUUGUUUAUUUUGUUAUGGAAGGAGUUUUUGAUUUUAUAUAUAGAUGUUGUAUCUGUCGUGUGAAGCCAGUGAAAGGGACAGGACACAUGAUUGUUCUUGGUGUCUUUGUAAUGAUCCGAAAUAGUUGAAGAGAGUUACUAUCACUUGUACCAUUCUUGGGUAUCCCUAGUUCCCCCAUCUCCCCAUCCAAAAGGCCACAAAAACAAAGAGAAAAGGGCCAAAAUCCAAUUUAUUUAUUUAUUGGGACAGGCACACCAUAGUUUGCAGCAUUUACCCUUGGGUGCACGUACAACUGACAUUGGCAUUUGGCAUUUGGCAGGCAGCCAUUAUGGCAUGUUCAUGCAUACUGUCCGGAUAUCCAAGCACAACCAAGCUUCAAAUUUUGUUUUGACUCCUUCCUUGCUCCUGUUUUUUAUGCCUCUUGUCUCUGCUACUGCUACCCUCCUUUCUGUUCUGUGUUCUGGUGUGGUGUGGUGUGGUGUGCUUACUCAAUCUGCUUUAGGGUCCCGUUCUGUCGUUUUAAUUCAACUUGGGAAGGAGUUAAAGCUCCUUUGUGCUCGCUGAAAAGGGAAAGUGGAGAUGGUGCUGAUGUUGCUGUUGUGGACUUGAGUGCAAAGUUUUUAUUAUUAUAUAUGUGCCCAUAAGCAUCAAAGAGUGUUUCAGAGAAUGUACAGCGCCUAGGGGAAGAUGAAACACUGUCGAGAUUUGAUGCCAUGCCAUACCUUUCUUUCUUUCUUUCUUUCUUUUUAUUUAUUUUCCCUUCUUUUCAGCUUUCAGCCGUUACAAGGCCUCUUCAUGCCUUUCCCACUCUUAACUAUUUGCCAAGUUCAAUGAAGGAUCCAGCGGAGGAUCAAAUGAAAUCUAGGAGUGCCCUGCAGAGAUCAAAAGACCUUAGAAGAAGAGAUAAAAGAAGAAGCCAAUGCAAACAAGAUAAAUUGCAAGAAACAGGACUUGACUCGCAAUUGGUUUCCUCUGCUUGCAAAAGUCUUGUGUUUCCUGCCAGACCUGGCUAUGGCCAGCUGGGGACAAAGUGUCUGGUCAAAGCUAAUCAUUUCCUGGCAGAUAUAUCAGCUUCUGACUUGAGCCAUUACAAUGUUACAAUAACACCUGAAGUCACUUCUCGUAAAACAAGCAAAGCCAUCAUAUCUGAGUUGGUGAGGCUUCACAGGAACACUGACUUGGGGAUGAGGCUUCCUGUUUAUGAUGGAGGAAGAAAUCUCUACACUGCUGGCUUGCUUCCAUUUGCAUACAAAGAGUUCUCCAUAACAUUGAGCCGGGAUGACGAGGGUACUGGUGGUACCAGGGAAAGAGAAUUUGAAGUGGUGAUAAAGUUUGCAGCUCGUGUCAGCAUGCAUCAAUUACGUGAGCUUCUGAGUGGGAAACAAGUGGACACCCCACAAGAGGCGCUUACUGUCAUUGACAUUGUAUUGAGGGAGCUUGCAGCUCAGAGCUUCGUGUCAAUUGGGAGGUUUCUCUAUUCUCCGGAUUUAAGAAAACCACAGCAGUUAGGUGGUGGUCUGGAAUCAUGGCGCGGCUUCUACCAAAGUAUAAGGCCUACUCAGAUGGGAUUGUCCCUUAAUAUUGACAUGUCAUCAAUGGCUUUUAUUGAACCACUCCCUGUAAUUGACUUUGUUGCUCAAAUUUUGGGAAAAGACGUGCUCUCAAAGCCACUGUCAGAUGCAGAUCGUGUCAAGAUUAAGAAAGCCUUAAGAGGUGUGAAAGUCGAAGUUACACAUAGAGGAAGUUUUCGAAGGAAGUACAGAAUUACAGGAUUGACAUCACAACCUACAAGGGAGCUCAAUUUCCCUGUCGAUGAGAAAAUGAACAUGAAAUCAGUGGUUGAUUACUUUCAAGAAAUGUAUGGAUAUACAAUUAUAUAUUCUCAUCUACCCUGCCUUCAAGUAGGAAGUCAAAAGAAGGUGAACUAUUUGCCUAUGGAGGCAUGUAAGAUAGUUGGAGGUCAGAGAUAUACAAAAGGGCUUAACGAAAAGCAGAUAACUUCUCUGUUGAAGGUCUCAUGCCAGAGACCACGUGAACAAGAGACAGACAUUCUACAGACAAUUCAAGAAAAUAAUUAUGAGUAUAAUCCCUAUGUAAAGGAGUUUGGUAUCAGCAUUGACAGCAAACUUGCAUCAGUUGAAGCUCGGGUUCUUCCUGCUCCAUGGUUGAAAUAUCACGACACUGGAAGAGAGAAAGAACACUUGCCACAAGUUGGUCAAUGGAACAUGAUGAACAAGAAAGUUAUAAACGGAAGCACUGUAAGAUAUUGGGCAUGUAUCAAUUUCUCACGAAGUAUCCAAGAAAUUGCUCGCGGGUUUUGCCAACAGUUGGUUCAAAUGUGCCAAAUCUCAGGCAUGGAAUUUAGUCUAGACCCUGUGAUUCCUAUAUACACAGCAAGACCUGAUAUGGUAAAGAAAGCCUUGAAGUACGUACAUUCUGCUGUGCGAGAUAAACUUGGUGGGAAAGAACUAGAGUUGCUGAUUGCCAUUCUUCCAGACAACAAUGGCUCUCUGUAUGGUGAUCUCAAAAGAAUCUGCGAAACAGAUCUGGGGUUGAUUUCUCAGUGCUGUCUUUCAAAACACGUGUUCAAGAUCAAUAGACAGUAUCUGGCAAAUGUGGCCUUAAAGAUCAAUGUCAAGUUGGGAGGAAGGAACACAGUACUUUUGGAUGCCUUAAGUUGGAGGAUCCCAUUGGUUAGUGACAUUCCAACAAUAAUUUUCGGAGCUGAUGUGACUCAUCCAGAAUCUGGAGAGGACCCUUGUCCAUCCAUUGCUGCUGUUGUAGCCUCCCAGGACUGGCCGGAAGUAACAAAGUAUGCAGGAUUAGUAUGUACUCAGCCUCAUCGUGAGGAACUCAUUCAAGAUCUUUUUAAAUGUUGGAAGGAUCCUCAUCAUGGUGUAGUUUAUGGCGGCAUGAUCAGAGAGCUGUUACUCUCGUUUAAGAAGGCAACUGGACAAAAACCGCUGAGAAUAAUAUUUUACAGGGAUGGGGUAAGUGAAGGACAAUUCUACCAGGUUUUGUUGUACGAACUUGAUGCCAUUCGUAAGGCUUGUGCAUCUUUGGAACCGAGUUACCAACCUCCGGUAACAUUUGUUGUGGUUCAGAAACGGCAUCACACCAGACUAUUCUCAAACAAUCAUGACGACAGAAACAGCACUGAUAAGAGUGGGAAUAUCUUACCUGGUACCGUGGUGGAUUCUAAGAUCUGUCAUCCGACGGAAUUCGAUUUCUAUUUAUGCAGUCAUGCGGGAAUUCAGGGUACAAGUAGACCAGCCCAUUAUCAUGUUCUGUGGGACGAGAACAAUUUCAGUGCUGAUGAGAUUCAAUCUCUGACCAACAACUUGUGCUACACAUAUGCAAGAUGUACACGAUCUGUUUCUGUAGUGCCUCCUGCGUACUAUGCUCACUUGGCAGCAUACAGAGCUCGUUUCUACAUGGAACCAGAUGUUCAUGAGAUUGGUAAAUCUCGAGGUGGUAGAUCAAAAGAUGAGUCAGUUCGGCCACUACCAGCUCUGAAAGAGAAGGUGAAGAAUGUGAUGUUUUACUGUUGAAUGAGAAGCGAUAGAGAGACUUCCACGUAGAGAUACAGCAGCAUAUGUAGGAAAAGGAAAUUGAAAUUAAUACAAGUGAGAAAGUUCAACAUGUACAACCUAACUGCUCAUAAUUCAUAAUUCUCUGCAUGGAAUUUUUUGACCAAGUCUAGGUUGUUUCAGUCUUUCUAGUUCUUAGGGAAGCUUAUUAUGUAGAAAUUACUGGUGUAUCGAUUUUCGAGCUUCAGAGCAUGUGCUGCUGGAAUUACCUUACAUUUUAACAUGAAGUGAAAAAAGGUCUAAAAAUAGUGAAAUUGUUUCGACUAAACACUAUAACUUCAUACUCCAAUCCUUUUAUAAA